GGCCUAGACACGGAGAUGGGCCGCCGCACCGGAGCCAGCCUCGUCCGUGCCCUGCUGUUCGCGUCGCUCUUCGCCGGGUUCGCGGCGCAUCUCGCCGCGGGGGAGAAGGACUGCUACGACGAGAGGGACAGGAUCAUGAGCAUCUGCAUCAAGAGCAUCAAGAAGGAGGGCUUCUACAUGCCCCCAAGCCAGGCCUGCCGCAACGAGGUGAAGAAGGUCGACAUGCCCUGCAUCUGCCGCGUCCUCACCGCCUCCGACGAGCGUACCGUCAGCCCCGUGAAGCUCGUCCACCUCGCCCACGACUGCAAAAUCAAACUCACCGUCGGGAGCAAAUGCGGAACUUACACCGUAGCGCCAGUGCCACCACCCGCGCACGCGUGAGGAGCUUCGAUCAUGGGGAUCGCGCGAGAGGAAGGCCGGUGAAGAAGACUGAGAUCAUUGGCAGAAUAACUAAAUAAAGUGCGCGCGUACGUGCCUGUAUGCUGAGCUAUAUAGUGACUAUCAUCAUCGUCGUAGAAUGUAAUCUGCCAUGGCAUGUUCCCCUCAGAGAUCCCAAUAAUAAAUUAACAAUAGUAAGAAUAAAAGCCUUCUGUCUAGAAUGCUACACUUCAUGCAUUACAAAAGACCGCAGUUGCUACGA